AUGGAGGUUUUCCAAGGCAACCGCGGCAUUUUAACUCACCGAGAAGGCAAAGGUAUGCUUCUGGAUGGCAACCUAAAAACCGAGCAAGAGCGUCACCGAGCGACAAGUACAAGCAUUCAGUUCUCGCCCAUGACAACUAUUGUUGCAACGCCCGCUAUUAGGCUUCGUCUCACCAAUUUGCCUCUCUUUGAUUUUGAUGAUUUAGAGCGAGGCCUACGCUCGUCACUGAAUCCUUCUGCUGUUGUUCUUGAUGUUGGCUUCACAUACAGCCCUAAAACUCAGGCAUACUGUACAUGGGGCCACGGCAUUGCUGUCACCGAAAUGGCCCACCUGGAUUGA